CAUGGAGUCCACAGUUUACUAUCAACACAUGGAAAUGAUGUCGAACAACUGAAACAACUUGUUCAGCAGAUGAAUGCUAGCCUCCAACAUGUGCUUGCUGAAAACCAAAACCUGAAUGCAGAAAUUGAUGGAUUGAAGAAUAUAACCUCUCGUAUAGCGGCGACUAGCACAGGUCGAGGAUCGGUGGCUUUUACAGCAAUCCUGUCGCAUGACACGGAGUUAGCGAAUGGACAGACAGUUGUGUUUGACAAAAUUCUUGUGAAUCGAGGAAACGCCUACAAUAAAAACUUUGGUCAUUUUCGUGUGCAAAACAGUGGUAUAUAUCAAUUUACUGUGUCAUACCUAAACAACGGAAAAUCGUCAUAUUUUCUACUAGCGAAAAAUGGGAACCAAGAGUUGAUAAUUGAUUACCUAGAGUACGGUCAAAAUUAUUCAUCAUCGUCCAGCGUCGUCGUUCAGCUGAUUGUAGGGGAUCUUGUAUUUGUUAAAACCAUCAUGAAUCCUUCAAACCUGAGAGGAUAUCAUCCGAAAGACUGGACUCCACGUCUAGCAGUGGGAUUCUAA